AAAAUCAUCCAGCAGCUGACCACAGAAAUCAGCCAUAAGGCCAUACGAUUCCAGGCUAUCUCCAACUCUGGCAUUCACAAUGAGAACAUUAAGGUAUGAACAAGAGCCCUGAUAUACUCUGGCAGCCUGCAGGCAAUCAGUAAAUGAUUUCUCCAUUGUGUGGGCAGGUACCUCACCCAAAACACCACAGACAAUGUGCUGACACUUCACUGUGGGAGUUCUAGUGACUGGGUUAUAGAGGCUUACUCUCAUGGACAUCUUACAAUUAGAAGAGUAUCAGAGAGGGAUGGGUAAAUCAGGCAGAGCCUCUUUUUACAGCUGCUGUGUUUACAAAGAGCAUCUGUUGCUAGAGCUGUCAGUCUGCAGCAGAAGGCAAAGUUCUUUGGGAGACAGAAAGAAAAACUUGUACAGCAGUAACAUAAGAAAAAUCCUCAUGCCUCCAUGAGCUAUGACUCAUAUUUUUCACAGGUGGAAAACCUGUCAACUCAUUAAAAAAAAAGAAAGGAAAAUCAAAAGUCCUUCUGCUAUGAGCAUUAGAAAGCUCCUUCAGAAAAAUGGGGAGUUUUUGUCAUAGAUUGGAAUUUCUUUUUAACUUGGAACAAAUAUGCUUAUUAGUGGGAGAAAUUAAAUGCCUCCCCAUUUUAGACCUUCAAAUAUGAAAAUAAUAAUGAGACAGAUGAAGACUGGUUGUUUUAGUUAUUUCCUGUGGCUAUGUAAUACAAGAGUAAUUAAGAAAGAUAAGAUAAAAGAUAUAAGAAACAAUCACAGCAAUGGCAACUUCUGAUGAAAAUUAUCUUUUUCAUCUAAAUUAGUUUUUACAUACUCUAGCUGUGUCAACCUUAUACUAAAAUGCAGCCAGUUACAGAUCAAAACACAGCAAACAUGUAAAAGCAUUUUGCAGCUCUCUAGGAUUGAAAGGGAAGAAGUCUGUGUGUACCAAGCUGCUGGAAGGUUAUGGAGAUGGAGGCAAAAUAUAAUCACCCAGUUGGCAAUAUGGCUAUUGUCCUGGGAACAAAGACAUUCAGAUUUAUAGCUUUUCUGGAAUUUCGUGUAUCCCAGGGCACGUGGCCUUGUCAAUAGGUAUGACCACAGUGAUGUAAAACCACAUCCUGGUCCACGUGUUCCUUAGUGCCAGAGUCUGCCAACCACCUCUUGUGCUGGAACAAACCUGCUUAGCUAAUGAGGUCUGACAGGACCAGGGUCAGGGAAAAAUUGUUGUUCUGGAAAACAAAGCAGAACAACAAAACCACCAAGGCAAUCUAUUCUGAGCAGUAAUUUGGAGUUACAGUAGGCUGAUCUGAACAAUUUCUGCUUGGAAGAAAUCCUCAAAAUAUAUUUUCUUAAAAAGUGGCAGAUUUGUUAUUCAUACUUAACUGAACCCAGUGUUAUAAAUCUGUGGAAGUAACACUAGGAGGGCCUGACUAACUUUUGUCCUGUAUAUAUAGGGCAACGAAGAAUGGGUUGAUGAGAAAUUAUUUUGGCUUGGGCUGUCUGCUUUCAAAAAUUGGAAACCUUGAUAUUCUUGCUGACAUAAUUCAACCUAGAGGAGACUUGUGUCAAGGGAAAGUCAAUGUAUUCAUUAUUCUGUGUUUAAAUUUGCAACAUUUUUCUUUCUGUCAGUUAAAUUUGAAGAACUUUUCAGAACUUUCAGCUUCUGGUUGCAGUGACUUUUCUGAACUUUCAGCUUCUGGUUAAAAGGAAUCAAUUUAACAUGGUGAGAGGUCUGGAUUUAUUGAGAAGCCACAAACUUCUUUCUAAAUAUGCAUGGCUAAGAGGAGAAUAUAUAAGAAAAGUCUUUAGAUAUUCAGUGUUUCUCUGUAACCCACACAACAAAAAGUCAGUCUUUAAUAAACAACUUGAAUUAAAAUUCACGUGGACAAACCCACAUUAUUUUAUUUGUUUUAGUUGUGGCCCACCAUUUUUGCAGCUGUCAAUGGUGCAAGGCUGGUGCAAAAGCUGUGGAGGCUUCAGUAAGGCGUAAUGAACAGGUUAGGGUCCAGACUAAUCACUCGUGCAGCACCGCCCAAUGGCAUUGCCAAAUGUUUAACUCUGUAAUCACAAUGGGGGCAGGGGGAAGAUUUUCCUUUAAAAAACAGGCUCCAAGGAAGCUUGCAGCUUUGCUCUGUGAAUGAAUGACCUGGCACAUGCUUUCUCUCUGUUCUUCUUGUGUACUUCUUGUUUUCCUUUCUGCUUCUCUCAGGAUCAGCCAGCUUUACUGGCUAAGUGGUCAGCUAUGCUUCGGAGGAAGCGCCCAUUCCACCCAUCUAUCCAGGUACAAAGCCUUCCUGCCACCUGGUGCCUGACAGUCCAUAUGCCUGCUUCCUCCUCACCGACCCUCUUCUCCGGACAACUUCACCCCCCUAACUGAUCCUCCCACAACUAUUUCAUCCUCUCCACAAGAGACUUCCCUUGGUUUUUUUUUUCUCAAAGCAUAACUAUUUUCUUUCUAACCUAAAGCUUCUGCCUCCCUGGAACAUCCUGGCCAGGACUGCAAGAAUGAGGUUGUAUUUAGUUUGCCCAGCAAACUUCAGACAGGUUUUUAAUGCAGCACAAUUGGCUAUAAUUUACACACCCCAGAAUUUGAGGCUCUUGAUCAAGCCUGUGACUUGCUGGGGUCCAUGAUCUGCAUAUAGCGCAUAAGACCAUCGUGUGACAGAGCAUAGAUAUAGGACUGGGAUUUGUUUAGGCCAAGAGGACACCAGCUGCCCAGCUUUACAGUGCCAUCCCCAGCCUUUAGUCUUCUGUUGUUUCCUGGUAAGCCCCAGGUGGAGGACCCUGUGACUUGCAUUUGCAGGCACUCACAUAACACCUUCAGCUCUUCACUUUACGAUCUGUUGGGUGCCAGUGUGUACAACACAGCAUCCUGGUAUGGGAAGGAAUGGGGGUUUAUCUGCAGAUGUGGCUGAGGCAGUGAGAUAAGCAGUAACUGCAUGACAGCCAUUGUAUUUUUUCCUUAUGGAGCCUUGCACUCUGCUUCUGAGCUGCUCACAGGAUUACUCAACCCCACCAAACCUGACAGGUACAGGUCAGCCUGAUGUGAAAUGUCAUCUUUCCAGUAUCCUCCUGCCUUUACGGUUUUUACUUGACAAAAGAGCGGCUUUCUGGUGUUUCCUUUGCCAUUUCUGUGCUUCUUGCUGGCCAUCUUUUGUACUUCAAAUCUCUUGCCAGGGAGCAGAGAAGACCAGCUGCUCCCUAUGGGGGAGGGAGGUGGGAGGGGAGCAUAACAAGGCAGCUUCUGCCUUGUGGUGCUCGAGUGAGGCAGACCUAGGGAGGGCAGCUGGGUCAACCAAGAGUCUGGGUCAUCAGGUAAGUCUGCUGAUAAGGCAGGUCAUCAGGUAAGUCUGCUGAAGUCAAGCCAGGAGCACUCACCAGGGUCAGGAUCAGCUCCAACAAUAUUAACCAGGGUCAGAUGCCGUCUACUGAUUGCCAGGCAAGCCCAGAGUGGCCAGCUAAGUCUGAGGCCAGGCUGGGAAGGCAGUCUGCAGAUAGGACAACAAGGUCUAUGGCCAGCACAGGCAUAGCUGUCACACAGUUGGAGACCAGCAUUCCUAUGAUAUAGCCCAGGGUUCAGCUGAAAUGGGGGUCCCAGACCCACAGGCAGAUGCUGUGGGUAGAAGUCCUGGAGAGGCUGCUUAGGGCCAUUAAAGCCUGUUAGUGCCCUCAGGGCCUUGGCACCUCUGUGGUAAUAUUUUAAAUCAGCUGACCUACCAGGAAGGCUACCAGAGUGUUUUGGGUUAUUACAGGAGAGUGACAAGCGUGUUUCGUUCACCUUGGGUGUACCCACCUCACAGCAACAGCUGUCACUUCACAUUCUGCUUGUGCAGCAGUUUUACCUUAUUUAUGCCAAUGUAAGUUAGGUUUGGUAGCAAGUGGACUUGAAAGGCUCCUGAGCCAACACAGUAAAAUCUGAAGGAGUUUGAAUACCCUUUCUGGAGCCACAACUGCCAGAUGCUUCCAAACUAGCAUUUUGAGAUGUCUGGCUAUGCCCUGGGCCAGUAUGAAGUUUCAAGGUAUUUGUGUCAUCUUAUUCUUUCUUUGCAAAUAUUGACUCAGCACUGGUUUUAUUGGAAAAUGGUCAUUCCCAAAAUGAGGCAAAUUAGAUGUCUUGAAAACAAGCCUAUUGAGGGUUCCUUUCCCAUUGGUUGCUGCCUCCAUCCUUACACUGUUUUUAUCCUAUGCUCAGCAGGAGAUGCAGUUCCAUACAGUAGAACUGGCCAAGACCUGAGCUUAUUUCUGCAAAUGCCACUGCCUCUGUAGGCUCAGGCAUAUCACUUGCCUUAUGUCUCUGUCUUUUUAAAGGACAAUCAUACAGAGUGAAACACUUGUAAAAUUAAUGGCCUAUAGUCUUAUUUUACUAAUGUCUGUAGUGGACUUUGACAGAGAUCAGAAAGGUGCACUUUUUGCCAUAGUUAUUAUUAAUAUUGAACUCUCAAUUAAUAAUUCUGAGGAAAUAAAUUGCACUAUUUUGUUUCCCUUUGCUGUAUCUCAAAACAUACUCUGAUGCUUUCCUGCUCCUUGGAAGCUGCCAGUUAUUAUAUCUCAUGCAAUUGCAGACUAGAAAUAACACAAAAAGGGGGAAACCAUAUGGUGGCAAAUCAGUCAGUGAGCUCUUGCGUUCUAAGGGCCAUGGCUGUCACAUCAGACUCCUCCUAAGGCAAUUUCCUUUUAAUCUGUGUACCCACAAAGUAACUCUCAGAGACAGGUACGGAACAGGUCCUGGCUAUGUUCAAUUGUUCCCAUCAUACCUUGGCUUUUCCUUUUCUCCAAAGCCCCCAGUUUUACCUGUUACUUCCUUAACCCCCUUUUCUUUACUUCAGGCUCAUGGAUCUGCCCUUGUCUCCUCUCUCAAUCUCUCUGAACUCUCCCAGGUCUUAGCACCCAGCCAGUUCCUCAUCACAGUCCCUCUGCGUGGCCUGACUGGGUACAGGGAAUGCCAGGUACGGCACUGGCGUUAUUACACCAUAAAUGGAGCCAAGCUCCUCUCCUCCGUGCGGGACCCUGAGGAAUUGCAUCAAUGGCUAGAGGUGGAGCAGUUCUCAAAAAGCCUUCAGCAGUGGCAUGAAGAGGAUGUGAACAUCGAAGGUGAUCUGGUUCCAGCCAAAGUCCUUAUCGUCUUCCGGGAGCUGGUGGAGAAGUCGAUUAUCUCCUGUAACCUCUCCAGUAAAGUGACGGUGCUGGAGAGCUUCAGCUCAGUGGUCCGGGUGGCUGUGGAGACAUCAGAAUCCCAGGUUGAGGUGGAGCUGGUCCCUGCUGUGGAGAUUCCAACUUGCUGGCCCGAGAAGGCCCGGUGGCCUCGUUGCCUCAAGCGUUGGCCUUCUCAGGAAAAAGUGCGGUGCAUCAAGUCACUGGGUUUCGACCUUUUGGCCCGCUCCAAUUAUCACUGGCAGCUGUGCUUCUCCCGUGCUGAGCACAUACUCAUGGAAGGACUUGAUGAAGAUGGUGGUUGUCGCAUGAAGUGCUUCAGGGUCAUGAGGCAGAUGAAGGAGGAUGUCUGGUGUGCUGGAAAUAAGCCUGUCAUCACAGCUUAUCACCUUCAGACAGUGCUAUUCUGGACGUGUGAAAAAUACCCACGCACCAAGGAUUGGCGCUGCUUCCCUGAAGCCUUUCUGAGGCUGGUACAGAAGUUGCACAAGUGUGUAAGCCAGCACUUCCUCAAGCAUUACUUUCUCAAGAACACCAAUCUGCUCAAAUAUGCCAACACCAGUGACCUGGACCUGGUGGCCAGCAAGCUUGCAGUCUUCUUGGAGAACCCAGUCUUCUGCCUGGACUGAGGCAGGCAAAGGUCUCCUCACCCCAACCCUGAGCCAAUCCCCCACCUCCUCUCCCCACCUGCAGUUGUUCUUCAUGUCCUUCCAGUAGAUGUUGCAGCUGGCUUUGUAAGACAGUUGGCACAUGCAGCAUGAAAGAGAAGUGUCAAGCUGGCAGCAGUGGGCGGUGAAAACUGAUGGAAGGUAUUGCUUGAUGCCCAGCUGAUCUAAUUUGCUUUCAACUGUGACAGCCUGCCUGGAAGCUACAGCCAGUGAAACCCAACUUCGUGUCAGUCAGAACAGGCAACUGCCUUGUUCUCUGACUCUAGUCUUGUGGCACUUAAGCAAGAAAAGCAAAGGAGUGCAAAGGAGUCUCGCUCUGCUGCCUAUCGCCUCUGUAAUUUAGCACGUGUAUUGUUGCUGCAAUUGCCUUCCUCACAAGGACAGCGGGUUUAAUUGCCUGCUUGCCUCACAGGCCAGCGCUGCAGAAGAACACAGGAACAUUUCUGAGGUGUCCAAAGCUGGAAGCUUUCUUGGAGGCACUUUGAAGUCUCCAUCUCGGAUUCAAUGGGACCCUGCUCCAGUAAGACAAUCAUGCUGCUAGUGUUGAAUAGCUCAACAAAAGCAAGAGGAGGAACAGUGGGGUUUUGCCUCCUCUUCAUUUUUCUCUCCUGCACUUAUAUUUUUCUUCCAAUUGCUUCAAAUAUGUUUUCUUCUUG